AUGUCUAAGAUCGCGUCGACAUUUUCGCGCCUGGUGCGCUUCGUACCCAAGUCGAACCCCGCCAAGGUUCUGAUCGGAGAGCCCGUCGAUCCCCAACUGGACGUUGGUCUGGCUAUCUAUCAGGGCAAAGAGGUCUCAGUUCGUCCUUUCUCGGGAUCGUCAGUGCUGAGUCCCGGUGCCGCGACUGGUGUCACCGAGACCAUCGAGCGCAUUCUUUCCCCAUUGGCUCAGGCCGAGGUCGGAGCUAUUCGAUGCGUUGGGUUGAAUUAUGUCUCUCACGCGAAGGAGAUGUCACUGCCCCUCCCUGAAGUCCCAACUCUGUUCUUGAAGCCAAGCACCGCGCUGGCAGAUCCCUUUCCCGCACCCACGGUCCUGCCCAAGAUCACCCAAAAAGAUGGCACUGGUGACUAUGAGUCCGAGAUGGUCAUUGUCAUUGGCAAGGAUGCUAAGGACGUGCCCGAAUCCGAGGCCCUCGACUACAUUCUUGGGUACACGGCUGCCAACGACGUUUCCAGCCGUACUUCGCAGAUGAACCAGAGCCAGUGGUGCUUCUCCAAGGGCUUCGAUGGCUCAUGUCCCAUUGGCCCCGUCCUUGUCUCUGCUGCCCUCAUGCCCGAUGCGAGCAAGUUCCAGAUUCGCGGUCUGAAGAGCGGCCGUGUCAUGCAGGACUGCCCCUUGACUGACCUGAUCUUCACUGUGCCCCAGCUUGUCAGCUUCCUUUCCCAGGGCACUACUUUGCCCGCCGGUACUAUUAUUUUGACCGGUACUCCUCCCGGUGUUGGCGCUGCCAAGAAUCCCAAGGAAUUUAUCAAGGCCGGCGACGAGUUCGCUGUCGAGCUCCUACCUUACGUCGGAACUCUCAUCAACAAGAUUGAACACCAGUGA